CUCCUCUUCGUAUACGUAAGGCUUCCGCAGGAUCUCUGUGCACUCCAUUUCAGGGCAAGGAAGGGCGCCGUUGUUCAAAGAUGCCGGCUUGGCGCUCCUUUGACGAUGGCUCCACGCUGGCUGCCCGGCUGCACAACCUCCGAACUGGUGGUGGCGGCUUCGGCCGCUUCGGCGUCGGAAGCAGUAGCAUCAUUGGAGGAGCGCGAAGCGUCACGGCUUCCACCACAUUCCGCAAGCGUAGCCAGUUCACCGACGACUUCCUUGCUCGGCUCGACCGCAUCGAUACGCUCGGCGGGCUCGAUGCCGAGGGAGACCACGUCGGGCACAGCGGCUGCGUCAAUGCGCUCGCCUGGUCUCCCUCGGGCGACAAGCUGGCGACGGGCAGCGACGACCAGAACAUCAUCCUCUGGCGCUUUGGCACCCGCCACCUCCAUCCGAGCGCCACGCGGACCAGUCGUGAGGACCGGGGCGAGGACCGGCAUUUCCCCGAGCUGGACAUGGCCAUGAGCGAUGUCAUUCAGACGGGCCAUCGCGGCAACAUCUUUUCCGUCAAGUGGGCGCCCAACUCGUCGGACAGCCGCCUCUUCUCCUGCGCAGGCGACUCCACCGUGCGCGUCUUUGACCUCAACAGGGCCUCGUCGACGUCCUUUCGCGACGAGCACACAAACGCCGGCAGAGAGUACCGGCAGUGGCCGCGGGACAAUGGCGUGUGCACGCGCGUGCUUCGGUGCCACAAGUCACGGGCGAAGCGCAUCAGCACCGAGAACAGCCCCGAUGUGUUCCUGACGUGCGCAGAGGAUGGCGAGGUGCGGCAGAUGGAUCUGCGCCUGCCGCACACCUGCGGCCCCUCGCAAGGGUAUGGGCACGGCUGCCCUCGACCACUCGUUGCGCACAAUAUGGAGCUCUACUCGCUCUCCGUGUCCAAGAUGGAGCCCUGGUUGUUCUGCGUAGCGGGCACAUCAGCCCAAGCCUACCUGCACGACCGCCGCAUGAUCCCGCGGCUCCUGUCGGCAGAGUGGGGCGCGACAGUCGAUUCAGAGAGUGUUGCGAGGACGCAGUGCGUUCGUCGAUUUGCCAGGCCGCCCUACGAGUAUUCCGCAGCCAAAGAGGAGGCAGAGGAAGAGGAAGAAGACGAGGAGGGGGAGGGAGGACCCACGCUUCAUCGCGAGGGAGCGGACGGUGAAGCAAGGGUGGAGGCGAGGAGGAGGAGGCAGAGGAAGUGGGAGCGGGCGCACAUCACUGCAGUCAAAAUCAGCGAAAGCAAUGGCCGUGACCUCCUCGCUUCGUAUAGCGGCGAUGCCGUGUACAAGUUCGACCUCAAGGGCGAGCCGAAUGUGAUCCAUGGCCGAAACUCAGACGCAGACGCCAGCAUCGAUGGCAAGGGCAAGGGCACGAUGCGGAGCAGCAAGCGGAAAAAGGCAUCGCACUCACCCCCGCGAAGAAGCGACGGAUGGGAGUUUGCAAGCUUGGCCAAGCGGAAACUGAGUCGCGGCGUCGAUGUCAAGCGGUUGCAGAGGCGAACGACCGCCAUUCUCUUCCCACGGCCAGCUCAGCUCAGCUCAGCGCGCUUCGACGCGGCGCUCCUGGAGUUGGACGAGCUCGAAAAGGCCACCGAGCAGAGCCUGGAGAAUGGCGGAGGCGGUGUCGCCGACGGGGCCGUGGCCCGGCUGUGCAGAACCCUAUUGGUCUUGCACAGCUCUCGACGCUCGCAAGAGGACGACGACGAGCAGGGGCCAGGGCCAGGGCAAGUGCAAGGAGAUGUUGUCGACGUAGAGCACGCCAAGCUCGUCCUCGGCCAGGCGCGCGAGCACGUUCUUCUCCGCGACGAAUUUGUACCUCUGCUCGACGAGCUCGAGGAAGCUGUCAACUGGAAUGCGACGGGUCAGAUCGAGAAGCUCGAAGCGACGCUCUGGGAUACGGCGCAGGAGAUCGUCAAGAGGGCCUGGGGAGAGGACAGCUUCACGGGCCCCGAAAGGAUCCAGGUGGUGGACGAAGAGAGGAGCCAUUUGGAAAAGCUCGCAGCCGAGGAGAGCGAAGCGUCAGUCAGUGGAGAGGAAGAGGUCCUGGAGGAAGACACCCUGGAGGAAGACACCCAUGAGGAAGAGGCAGAUGAGAGGGGCCAAAUCGACAUGCCAAUGGCACGCUUCUUGCGAGACGACGUCCUGCAAGGGGCGCACGCGAUGGACGAGGAUGAGGAAGAUGGAGGAGAAGGAGAAGAGAUGAGCAUUCAGGAGGACGAGGACUCUGAGCUGGAUUCGGAAGCCUACGACAUCAGCAUCGAGAGAGCGAGCGACGACGACGACGACGCUGGUGACCUCGAUGAAUCCGUCGGCGGCAAGUCGCCCAUCGUCUAUCCCGUGGCUCGCUAUGCCGGCCACGCCAACAACGAGACAGUCAAGGACUGUGGCUUCCUAGGCCCCAACGACGAGCACGUCUGGUCCGGCUCGGACUCUGGCCAUUUCUUCGUGUGGGACAACAUUGACGAGAGGCUCAAAGCCCUCUUCAAAGGCGAUGACUGUGUCACCAAUGUCGUUCAGCCCCACCCGUUGCUGCCUGUGCUUGCAGCGAGUGGAAUCGACGACACAGUCAAGCUCUUUGGUCCCGUUGGACCCGGCAGUCGCAAGCUAGCCGACCGUCUCAAAGACCGGGAGGACAUCAUCCGCAAGAAUCGCAAGCAAAGGAGGGGAGGGGCAGGCAUCAGUUCGAGGGCCAUCAUGCAGCUGUUUGCGUCGCACAUCAUGAGAGAGCAGGGAGGGGAAGGAGGAGCAACAAGAGUCGUCAACGCCGACGGCGAAGAGGAAGAGUGUGUGGUCAUGUAGCAUAUCUUUAGUCAUCUUAAUUGGUCGUGUUAUCCGUUCAGUCAUUUGCCAUUACCAAGGG